GUUGUUGAGAUCUGUUGUUCCGUAAUCGUUGUUCCUCAUGUGACUUUCAGUAAAACAACAGCAGCCUGUUCAGUUUCUGUCCUGCCGGGGAAGAUACUUCAUGUGUUUUUGCAUCACCAGAAUUAAAAGAUAAACGCCACACGCCAUGGCUCACUGACACAGACCCACAGACCCAGGUCCUGCCAUGACGCUGCCCAAUGGCUGCUCCAUCAACACAGACGCUUUGGACCAGAACGCCGACACCCAGGUUCUCCUGGAAAAGGAUGCCGUUCCUCCUCAGUGCUGCUCGGCUCGCCUCAACCUCGCCAUCCUCAUGUUCUUCGGGUUCUCCAUGGUCUACGGUCUCCGCGUCAACCUCAGCGUCGCCAUGGUUGCCAUGGUGAACACCACGGACCCCGGCGGAGGCACGAACGCCACGGUGGACCCGGCGUGUCCGUUCCCUCCGGGGCAGGAGAACGGCAGCAGAGCCCUGCGGCAGCCGGACGGGACGCCUCAGUACCCCUGGGACUCAGAGACGCAGGGCUGGCUGCUGGGCUCCUUCUUCUUCGGGUACCUGCUGACGCAGAUCCCGGGGGGGUACCUGGCCGGCCACUACGGGGGGAAGGUCUUCCUCGGCCUGGGCGUGUUCGGCACGGCCGUCCUCACCCUCCUCACGCCUGUGGCUGCAGGGCUGGGCUCCCACUGGCUGUUUGCGCUGCGGGCCUUGGAGGGCUUUGGAGAGGGCGUGACGUUCCCGGCCAUGAUGGCGAUGUGGGCUCGGUGGGCGCCUCCUCUGGAGCGCUCCCGCCUCAUCACCCUAUCGGGUUCUGGGGCCAGCUUCGGCGCCUUCCUGGCCCUGCCGCUCACCGGCUACAUCUGUGAGAAGCUGGGCUGGCCCGCUGUCUUCUACCUCUGCGGAGGCGCCGGGUGCCUCUGGUUUGUGUUCUGGUGCGCUCUGGUGUCCGACGACCCUCGAACUCACCGUCGAAUCAGCAAAGAGGAGAGCGAUUACAUCAUAAACUCUAUUGGAGCUCAGGGCAAACGUCACGGCUGGUCGCUGCCACUGCUCUCCAUGCUGCUGUCCGUGCCGCUGUGGACCAUCAUCAUCAGCCAGAUGUGCUCCAACUGGUCCUAUUACACGCUGCUCACCUCCCUGCCCACCUACAUGAACGACAUCCUGCACUUUGACCUGCAGUCGAACGGCUUCCUGUCCUCGCUGCCGUACCUGGGCAGCUUUCCGGUCUCGGUGCUGUCUGGCGUGGCAGCUGAUUGGCUCAUAGAGAGGAAGGUGUUCAGCAUCACCAACGUGCGCAAGAUCUUCACCUUCUUAGGCCUGCUGCUGCCGGCCGUUUUCCUCAUCGCCGUCUGCUACGCCGGCUGCAGCCACAUCCUCACCGUCACCUUCCUCACGCUCUCCACCAGCGUGGGAGGGAUCAGCGCGGCCGGCGUCUACGUCAACCAGAUCGACAUCGCCCCGCGCUACGCAGGAUUCCUGCUGGGAGUCACAAACACGUUCGGAACCAUCCCGGGCGUGGUGGCGCCCAUCGUGACGGGAUAUUUUACGGAAGACCACACCCUGGCAGGCUGGAGGAAGGUGUUCUGGGUCGCCGCUGGCAUCAACAUCGGCGGGGCCGUCAUCUACACCAUGUUCGGCAGCGGGGAGAUCCAGGCGUGGGCCGUGGAGGAUGAGGAGCGAGAUGAAGCUGAGAGGAAGAGCAGCAGGUCCACGUCGACGUAAAACCAAAGAGAAGAAGCCGAAGAUCAACUCAGACACUGACCUCAUCCUCGGUUAGAUUGUCUAUUACUGCAGUUUGUUGCAACAUGUUUACAUUAAUUCACCUCUGAUUCCAUAUUUUUCUAUCCAUCCGAUGAUGCAGAUUAUAUUCACUGAAGGCAGUCUUGCUCCAUAGUUUUCCAG